UUUAGGUUUUUUUAUUUCAUUAAAAAAAAGAAAGACAUUAUUUUAUUUUUUAUUAUUUUUUAUUCACAACAACACUAAUACAACCAGAAGAAUGAUGUGCUUCUGGUGGGUCCCAUGCCCCACACUCACAAACACUCUGCAAAACUGUAGUUACUCGGAUGAAUAUGAAAUAUGAUGGAGUCAAUCUUCCACGAUCAGGCAGACACCACGCGUUUGGGAAAAUUAUUGCAGGGAAGCUGUUUGACAAAAAGCCUCAGACAAACCACAUUAUUAUUAACCUUUGUCUACAAACCCCAUUAUUUCUCGGCCGGCUAAAGCCCCAUCGAGUCAUCGACCGCUGAUUGAUGCUUUCGCUUCGAUCUCCAUUGCUAUGUUCCCACACAUGCCGGCCUCUUGUGCUUGUCCCAUUUUAAAAUUCACUUGCUUUGCUCUCACACUUGGGACUGUUUUGGCGUCGUGAUCUGUGCAUCCUUUUCUGGGUUUUGAUUAUAGAAUUUGAAAUUGUGUUGGGUUUUUUUUAUGGUCCCAUGGUAUUUGGUGGUGGUGUGGGGUUGGGGUUUUGUCCCUUGAUGAAGGGAGAGAAUAGAGGAAGUCAUAGCUGUAAAGGCCCACUGGUUGGUGUUUGGGCACACGACCUUUGUUUGACUUGCUGGACUUGGAUUCCUACUUACGUUGCUUGGCAUCUUUAACCUCUUCUUCUUUUUUCACUUUUGAUUAAAGAAAUCGUUUCUCGGUCUCUGUUCUCCACCCAAAAUGAAGCUACUGUUUGGCUAGAGAGAGAGAGAGAGAGAGAGAGAGGAGAGAGCCAUACACAGAGAGAGAGAGAGAGAGAGACAGGGUACUGUCUUCCCGCUUCGACCAUGCCUCCAGCUGGGAAGGUUUCAGAGUUUCGCAAAGAAGGCAAUGACUGGUUUUGCAAAGCGGGAUUGCCAAGUGAUGUUACUGUUGUGGUGGACGGCGUGAGCUUCCAUCUUCACAAGUUUCCUCUCAUAUCAAAAUCUGGGAAGAUAGCACGUAUGUAUGAGGAGUCUAAAAGCACACGUGACAAGAUUUUCACUGCACUUCUGGAAGAAUUCCCUGGUGGCCCUGACACAUUCCUCAUUGCAGCUAAAUUCUGCUAUGGUAUGCGGGUUGAAUUGACUCCAAGAAACAUAGUAAUGAUCUACUGCACAGCAGACUACCUUGAAAUGACAGAUGAGUACGGAGAAGGCAACUUGCUCUCAAAGUCAGAGAGUUUCUUCCAUAAGAAUGUACUUCACAACUGGAAAGACUGUAUCUUGGCACUUCAAAGUUGUGAGACUGUUAUCCAAAGGGCAGAAAAACUUCAUGUAGUAAACAAAUGUGUAAAUGCUCUAUCUGUGAUGGUAUGUACAGAUCCUAGUUUAUUUGGAUGGCCCAUGAUGAUGUAUGGUAGUUUGCAGAGUCCUGGUGGAAGCAUCCUAUGGAACGGCAUUAACACCGGAGCAAGAAUUCGAAGCUCUGAGUCUGACUGGUGGUUCGAAGACAUCUCAUACCUCAGUGUGAGUUUGUUUGAGAGACUUAUCAAGACAAUGGAAACAAGGGGUAUAAGACCCGAAAACCUAGUGGGUGCUGUAAUGCACUAUACCAGGAAGUACCUACCUGGUCUGGGACGAUGGCAGGGUGGACAACAUGGUAUACCAAGAACAGUUACAAGUUUUAGUUUGACACCCAUUGCCCUUGAUCAAAGGGUAGUUUUAGAAUCCAUUGAAAAACUUCUUCCCCGAAAGAAGGGGAAAUCAUUUUGCCGUUUUCUACUUGGUCUACUUCGUGUGGCAUUAAUUUUGGGUGUCAGUGAAACCUGCAAGGAUGCAUUGGAGAGGAGAAUAGGAAGGCAACUGGAGUUGGCAACCCUAGAUGGCCUUCUGAUUCCUACAUAUUCAGAUGCUGACGCGUUGUAUGAUACCGACUGUUUUGAACGGAUAAUCCAUCAUUUUAUGUCGUCAGAAUCAAAGGUCACACCAUUUUCUCCAUCAUCAUUUGACCUGGAAACAUCACCAUCAUCAAGACCAUUACAAAAAGUUGCAAAGUUGGUAGAUAACUAUAUUGCGGAGGUUGCUUCAGAUGUGACUUUAAAACCAGUAAAGAUACGCUCUCUUGCAGAGGCCCUCCCAGAAUCUUCAAGGACUUUGUUUGAUGGCUUGUAUAGGUCACUGGAUAUAUACUUCAAGGCACACCCUUGGCUCUCAGAUAAAGAGAAGGAAGAACUUUGCAGCAUAAUUGACUUCUCGAAACUCUCUAUUGAUGCCUGUGCCCAUGCAUCCCAAAAUGAAAGGCUGCCACUUAGAGUUGUUCUUCAAGUCCUGUUCUUUGAGCAGAUGCAUUUGAGAACCGCUCUAGCUGGUUGUCUUCAUGGCUUGGAAACUGAGAGUGGCCCUGCAGGUCCUGUGACUGUCCCAGGUGACAUGGCUGGCCAGAUUAUACAGAGGGACGGGUGGGUGACGAUGGUGCGUGAGAACCGGGUUUUAAAGGUGGAUAUGGAAAAGAUGAGAUCUAGAGUCGGUGAACUCGAAGAAGAGUUUAGUAAAAUAAAGCAAGAGAUGAAAAAGGUGAACAAAUCACAUAGCUCUCUCAGUUCUCCUCGUGUGGUUGCCAGGAGAAUUGGGUGCAGUCUUCUUUCGCGACCCUCUGAUGCUAAACCAGAUACCAUUGAAAGUACUGGGCCCUCCCCAAGAGUAUCAGUUGAGCAGGCACGCCCAUCCCUGCAUUCUAGACACAAGAAAAGUUUCUCAUUGUUCUGAGAGCUAGUAUAAAGAAAUUGAAGUCAUGCCUCGACACAUAGAGGCUCUGGUUGGUUCUCAGAAAACGUGUGAGAAAGGAAUCGGAAAUCCAUAAGCAGGGCCCUCGUUUCCUUCACGUUUCUGUUAACCAACCAGAAUUCUUUCAGAGGUCUCUGAACGGAGGAUGGUUUGCAACUUACCCAUACUCACAGAAAGUAUUGUUCUUUUGAAGUUGGAUUUUGAGUACAGAGAGAAAUUCUUUUCACCUAUUGAGAGGGGAAGUCAUCAAAGGAUGAACCAUUGUAAUUUAAGAAAAAAAAAAUAGAAGUUAUGAUUACCUGUUAUAGAAUGCUAGUCCCAUCUAAGGAUUGAUUUGUACAAGUAAAUACACCUUGUUUCACAUAGAGGAAAUAAAUGUUUUAGUUUCUAUUGUUUAAAGUUUGUUCUUGGGUUUAUACAUGUACAUCUUUAAGAACCAAGUUGUAACUCAUAAGUUUGUGAAAUAGUGGAAAACUAAGUUCGAAAUUGCUUG